AUGAGGCGUGGUUUCCCCGGCAGGUCGGGAUUUCUCUCGAUCCUCGUCGCGCCGUCCGAGGGAACGGGCGAGGGUAUCGAGCCGCUCUUCCGUCACGGCGCUCGUAUCGGCGACGUUCUCCCCCCCCCGCCGCGCCACUCUCCCGACGCCGCCGACGCCGACGCCGCCGUCAUGCGCGCGCGACCUCCCGCGCUCCUCGCGUGCGCGCUCCUCCUCGCCGCGUGCGCGCUCGUCGCCGCGGACGGCCCCGCGGCGCGCGACGCGCGUCCGCGCGACGCCGCGAGCCGCGCGUCUUAUUAUUCUCGGACGACGACGACGCCGACGACGACGACGACGACGCCGACGACGACGACGACGCCGACGACGCCGCCGCCGACGACGACGACGACGACGCCGCCGACGCCGACGACGCCGACGACGACCGGACGAUACGCGCGCGCGCGCACCGCGCGCGUCGCCGCGACAGCGCCGCGGCUCGUCUCCGCGCCGCGCCCGCGCGUCGACGACGACGACGGGACCCGCUCCGCGUCGCCGUCCGCGCCGUCCGCCGUCGAGACGCGCCCGAGAAACGUCGACUUCGACACCUACGCCGCGGGCGUCGCGCUGCACGCGUCCGACGUCCCACUCGACGUCCAAUACGGCCAUCGGAUCGCGCCCGAGCCGGUCCCGAUACAGGCGCGGAUCAUCAACGGCGUAGACGUCUCCCCGCCCGACAAGUACCCGUGGACGGUCGCCGUCGUCGGCGUCACGACGCUCGCGUCCGGCGAGGAGCGCGAGUCUUUCCGCUGCGGCGGGUCCCUGAUCUCGUCGUCGCACGUCUUAUCCGCGUCGCACUGCUACUUCAGCGACGGCACGACCAGCAACGUCGGGUCGUUCGAUUUCAUGCGCGUCAAGCUCGGGGCGUGGGGCGACAUCGACGCCCCGGACGCGCUGAACGUCGACGUCGAGGAGAUCAUCGGCAACCCGCGAUACGUCGGCGCGACGUUUGAAAACGACAUCACGUGCGUUCUGUGCACACGUGUUUCACCCACCGCACACGUGUUUUGUUUCAACACUCACUCGAUCGCCGUCUUGCGUCUCUCCGCCCCCGUGGACGUCUCCGUGUACCCGCCCGUGCGUCUGAACUGGAACCCCGCCGGGUACGUCGGCGGCGUCGACGCCGUCGUCAUGGGCUGGGGCACCACCUCGAGCGGCGACCUCGCGAGCGCGCUCGCGGAGGCGUCCGUCCCCGUCGUGUCCACGUCGAGUUGCGUCGCGAGCGGCUCGUACCCGGGCCCGCCGAGCACGCAGCUGACCGUGACGGACGUCAUGAUGUGCGCGGGGUUGCCAAACGGCGGGACGGACGCGUGUCAAGGCGAUAGCGGCGGGCCGCUGGUCUCCCUGGAGAGCGGCGUCCCGACGCAGGUGGGGAUCGUGUCGUGGGGGGAGGGGUGCGCGCUGCCGGGGAAAUACGGCGUGUACGCGAACGUGCUCGCGCUUCGCGGGUUCAUCAUUCGGCACGUGCCGGAUAUACAGACGUUCUCGCCGUGCGACAGCGCGUGCGCGGCAGUGCUUCCGGGAGGGUUCGUCGCGCAGAUCCUGGACGAGGAAGAGGAAGAGGAAGAGGAGACGCCGACGCCGGUGUUCGCGUUGAGCGACCUCCUCGGUUUGACCGCGUGA